GAGCGGAAGAACAACGCAUGGGAAGCUAUACGAAAGCAGUGCGGUCUCGCCACAGGUAAGCUGCAUUUCACAUUCAUAUUUAGUUAUAGCGGACAGUUGUCGCAGUGUAGCUUGUCCAAUUCUUGUCGCCCUUUUUUCUGCGUUGGUUGACCAGUGCCUGAAAAUAUGGAAGAGGCUGCGAGACCGCUUCAACCGAGAAAGAAACUUAAUCGAGCAGACGAAGAGGAGCGGGUCCGGGUAUGUAGCCAAGCGCACGUGGGAGUUCCUCUCCGCAAUGGAAUUUUACAAGGACUGCGGGCGUAUGAGACCAACCGUAUCGAACGUGCGUGCUUCACAAGAAGGAGCGACCAGCCAGGACAGCACGGCGGAGGAGCUGCUGAAUACCAUGUGCGGCACCGCCAGUGUGUCUCCGUUGCCCUCUGAGGACAGCUUCGACCAGGAGCAAGCAGGCCAAGCGGACCAGUACAGCGUUGAACUGGUUUCUCUACAGGCUGAUCGACGCACUUGUGUUGGGACAGUGCCUUCAAGUGUUCAGAAAAAGCGCAAAAAGAAUGAUGAUUUUGACCAGCAGCUUCUGAGCCACCUAAAGGAAAAAAUGACAGAAAAUGAGGCAUUUGGCCUUUCUAUCGGUUUGACAUUGGACAGGCUGGCCAAGCAAGUAGCAGCUAAGUGCAAAGCACGGUUAAUGGAGGUAAUUGCAGAGUUUGACAUUUAAUCUCUUUUAAAAAUAUGCAGCAGCUACCUUCAUUGAUCCUGUUAACUCAUGUUAAAAGACGGGACAGCAGUACGUAGUUUUUUUUGUCUUAUACAAUGAGUCUGCAGAAGCACUGUACCAUAAUUUUUAUCCCGUUGCAUUUAUCAAGAAGCGCGACAGUGCUGUUGUUUACCAAGAGCGUAGUUGCAGCUGUAUUGACGUUUGCAUUUCUACCCUAAAUUA